AUGGCAAAACCGGAAUUUGGUAGCGCCAAAUACGCAGCCAGCCAGCUGAGAAGGCGUGGACUUCAAAAGACAAAAUUCUACUGCCAAGUUUGCGAAAAACAGUGCUUAGAUGAAAACGGAUUCAAGCUUCAUAUACAAUCACCAUCUCAUAUUAGAAGGUUGAAUGAUAGACUAGGAAAUUCGAACAACAACUCGCGCGCGCUCAUACGCGAGUACUCUGGACGGUUUCUUGGGGAUUUCUUACGACUUUUGCGAAUUAACCACGGCGAAAAACUCAUCGGUUGCAACAGAUUUUACCAGGAGUACAUUAUGGAUAAAAACCAUGUGCAUUUGAACUCAACACGAUGGAAGAGUCUGACUUCAUUAGUAAUGUUUCUCAAACAUCAGGAACUAUGUAGGGUGGAGGAGAACGAGGAUUACGAGGAGUUCGAUGCUGAAAGAUACUCCAUCGCCUAUAUCGAUAAGUCGGCCAAAAAACCAUCCAAGGAGCAGAAAAUCCGCUCCGACGAAGAAUCUGCCUCGCGCAUGUUGCAGGAACAAAUCGAGCGUGGUCGCAAAUUGAAAGAGGAACAAGAACAGUCUGAUAAAUCAGAAGAAGUCCCAGUGCAAGGUUUGGAGAAUCACGACAAGAUCAAAAUAUCCAUGAAUAAUAAGCCUCUCCAAAAAUGUGGUAUCAAAAUUGUGCCUGGAGUUGGACAUAUUACCAAGGGGCAACCUCAGCGCAGGAACCACAAACUCAAAAGCCGGAUAGCAUCCAAGAAUGUUUUGGAAUGA